ACACCUGAACCUACUACGACGACCCCUGAACCAACUACCACUACACCUGAACCAACUACUACAACCCCUGAACCUACUACAACUACACCUGCACCUACCACGACCACACCGGAACCAACUACUACAACACCUGAACCUACUACAACUACACCUGAACCUACUACGACAACCCCUGAACCAACUACCACUACACCUGAACCAACUACUACAACCCCUGAACCUACUACAACUACACCUGCACCUACCACUACCACACCGGAACCAACUACUACAACACCUGAACCUACUACAACUACACCUGAACCUACUACGACAACCCCUGAACCAACUACCACUACACCUGAACCAACUACUACAACCCCUGAACCUACUACAACUACACCUGCACCUACCACGACCACACCGGAACCAACUACUACAACACCUGAACCUACUACAACUACACCUGAACCUACUACGACAACCCCUGAACCAACUACCACUACACCUGAACCAACUACUACAACCCCUGAACCUACUACAACUACACCUGCACCUACCACUACCACACCGGAACCAACUACUACAACACCUGAACCUACUACAACUACACCUGAACCUACUACGACAACCCCUGAACCAACUACCACUACACCUGAACCAACUACUACAACCCCUGAACCUACUACAACUACACCUGCACCUACCACGACCACACCGGAACCAACUACUACAACACCUGAACCUACUACAACUACACCUGAACCUACUACGACAACCCCUGAACCAACUACCACUACACCUGAACCAACUACUACAACCCCUGAACCAACUACAACUACACCUGCACCUACCACGACCACACCGGAACCAACUACUACAACACCUGAACCUACUACGACAACCCCUGAACCAACUACCACUACACCUGAACCAACUACUACAACCCCUGAACCUACUACAACUACACCUGCACCUACCACGACCACACCGGAACCAACUACUACAACACCUGAACCUACUACAACUACACCUGAACCUACUACGACAACCCCUGAACCAACUACCACUACACCUGAACCAACUACUACAACCCCUGAACCUACUACAACUACACCUGCACCUACCACGACCACACCGGAACCAACUACUACAACACCUGAACCUACUACAACUACACCUGAACCUACCACGACAACCCCUGAACCAACUACCACUACACCUGAACCAACUACUACAACCCCUGAACCUACUACAACUACACCUGCACCUACCACAACCACACCUGAACCAACUACUACAACACCUGAACCUACUACAACUACACCUGAACCUACCACGACAACCCCUGAACCAACUACCACUACACCUGAACCAACUACUACAACCCCUGAACCUACUACAACUACACCUGCACCUACCACGACCACACCGGAACCAACUACUACAACACCUGAACCUACUACUACAACUACACCUGAACCUACCACUACAACAGCUGAGCCGACUACAACUACACCUGAACCAACGACUACAACACCUGAACCUACUACAACUACAGCUGAACCUACCACUACAACACCUGAGCCAACUACAACUACACCUGAACCAACCACUACAACACCUGAACCUACCACCACUACAGCUCAACCUACUACUACAACACCUGAACCUACUACAACUACGGCUGAACCUACCACUACAACACCUGAACCUACUACAAGUACAGCUGAACCUACCACUACAACGCCUGAACCUACUACCACUACACCUGAACCUACUACUACAACACCUGGACCUACUACUACAACGCCUGAACCUACCACCACUACACCUGAACCUUCCACUACAACACCUGGACCUACCACAACUACACCUGAGCCUACCACAAGUCCUGCACCGACAACUUCUGCACCAACCACUUCGGAUCCUCAGGUUGCCUAUACCCUAAGAGUGGACAUGGAAGAAGAACCUUUUACAGAUUCUCUCACUGACACAAGCAGCCCUGAUUUCAUGCAACUUGCAAACCGAGUUACAGAUACGUGCACUCAAAUAUACAGCAGGAUAUAUCCAACUCUGUUUCUUUUCUGCCGUGUGCGAAGUUUCAGUGCCAUACCAGCACGAGCAAAUGGAGUUAGAGCAGAUUUUCAGGCUGUGUCCUCAGAGCCAAUAGUGGAGCACUCCCACAGAAUAGUGCUGUGUCUGCUGCCUUAA